AUGGAUACUUUGAAAUCCAUGAUAUUUACUUCAUUUUCACCCUCUUCUUCUUCCUCCUCCUUUGAUGAGGAGUCUGAUGAUGAAUAUAUGAUCACACUUUUAGCAGCUUAUAAGCAGAAUACCAGUAGUAUGCUUCAGAUUCUUAAGUCAAGUGAUAGCUCAAAGAAAAUAAGGGGUUCUAUUGUAGGUCACAAGUAUAUACGCAGAGAUAGAAGGCAAGGUCAUGACAGAUUGUUUGCAGAUUAUUUUGCUACAAAUCCAGUGUAUUCAGCUACAAUAUUUCGGAGACGUUUUCGAAUGCGUCGUCCUUUGUAUUUGCGAAUUUUGAAUGCAAUCGAAGCACACAAUUCAUAUUUUAUUCAAAAACAUGAUGCAGCUCACGUAGUUGGAUUAUCUGCCCUACAAAAAAUGACUUCAGCGAUGAGAAUAUUAUCAUACGGUGUCGCAGCAGAUGCAGUUGAUGAUUACAUACUGAUUGAAAUCUUUGGAGUAGAAUAUCUGAGAUCUCCGACACCAACUGACAUUGCUAGGUUACUUGCUAUUGGCGAGGUUUGGGGGUUUCCGGGUAAGGCUCCCCCUGUCUACUACACUGUUAAUGGACAUAGUUACGAUAUGGGUUAUUACCUUGCUGAUGGUAUAUACCCGCAAUGGGCAACACUGGUUCAAACAAUUUUUUCUCCCCAAGGAGCGAAGAGACAACAUUUUGUAAUGAUGCAAGAGUCUGCCAGGAAAGAUGUAGAGCGGGCAUUCGGAGUCCUCCAAUCUCGAUUCGCAAUUAUAGGUGGUGCUGUACGUUUUUGGGAUCCAAAAAUGUUGGCCAACAUAAUGAAGACUUGCAUUAUAUUACACAAUAUGAUUGUUGAAGAUGAGAGGGAGGAGCACCUUGAUUUUGAUUAUGAAAUUUCAUCUACCAACACACCGGUGCAACUUUCCUCUACUCCUACCAAUGACUUUGAAUCAUUUUUGUCUUGUCAUUUAGGUAUUAGGGAUAAAAAUACAUAUCAUGCCCUCCGUAAUGAUUUAAUAGAACAUAUGUGGCAUCUUCGCGGUGAAAACUAG